AUGUUCCAGACCAACACUGAGUAUGACCGUGGCGUGAACACGUUCUCGCCCGAGGGGCGACUCUUCCAGGUGGAAUACGCCAUCGAAGCAAUCAAGAUGGGUACCACAGCUAUCGGCAUUCGCACAAAAGAGGGAGUCGUACUGGCCGUGGAGAAGCGACUAACUUCUCCGCUGCUGGAACCUGGCAGCAUCGAGAAGAUUAUGGAGGUCGACAAGCAUGUGGGCGCUGCAAUGAGCGGCAUCACUGCCGACGCACAGACUUUGAUCGACCACGCGCGUGUGGAGGCCACCAAUCACUGGUUCUCGUACAACGAGCCUGUUCGCGUACAGGCACUGACGCAGUCCAUCUGCGACUUGGCGCUGAGUUUCGGUGAGGGCUCGGAUGAGAACAACCACAAGCAAAAGAUGAGCCGUCCGUUCGGUGUGGCGCUGCUGCUUGCUGGCGUGGAUGAGGCUGGCCCGCAGCUUUUCUACUCGGAGCCCUCAGGCACGUACUGGCCUGUGAAGGCUCACGCCAUCGGCUCUGGAUCAGAAGGCGCACUGAACAAUCUCAAGGAUGGCUACACGGAAGAAUUGACGUUGCAGGAGGCUGAAACACUUGCGAUUGGCGCUCUGAAACAGCACAUGGAGGAAAAGCUCACUAGCAUUAACGUGGAAUUGGCAAUUGUCACACGCGAGAAGGGCUUUCACGUCUGCACUGCUGAGGAGCUGGAGGUCGUGAUCGGUCGUCUGUAG